CGUUGAACAUUGACUUUUGAUCAUAUGACUGAUUGGAGGUUCGUCUUCAAUUAUCAGUCUCUGUUCAUAUCAUUCUUUGCUGGUGUUUAAACUUAUUAUAUUAUUAAAUAAUCCACAGGAUGGCUAGUCAUCAAAGCCAAGGUGUUCAACAACUGUUAACAGCUGAGAAACGUGCAGCAGAUAAAGUUACAGAGGCCCGAAAACGCAAAGCAAGGAGGCUAAAGCAGGCUAAGGAAGAAGCUCAAGAUGAAAUUGAAAAGUACCGUAAAGAACGUGAACGUCAAUUCCGUGAAUUUGAGGCUAAACAUAUGGGCUCCAGAGAAGAUGUAGCAGCAAAAAUUGAGCUAGACACCAAGAGGAGGAUUGAAGAAAUGAAUAAAGCUAUUCUGAACCAAAAGGAACCAGUCAUUCUAGAGAUCUUAAAGUUGGUUUAUGACAUCAAGCCAGAAGUCCACAAGAACUACCGUCAAUAGUUGACAGGUGCAAUAUGUAGUUAAUAGGGACUAAAAUCACUUAACUGUUUAUAGAUGUUUCAUUCCAUUUUAUUGUACUUCCUUUCUUUUUGUAGCCGUUUUAGACUAUUUACAGCAAAACUUUUGAGUUACUACAUGAAGAUACUUAUAUAAUGUUAAAAUGUACUAAGUGAUAUAUUAAAAGUAUUGUGUUUUCA